ACUAAAUGUUAGUUGGGACCUUCAAUGUAAAUAAUUUAAAUAUCGUUCUAUCAAAACAGUUUAUGAGUGGUUUUACUUGCACAAUCACAGUUAUACAUCUAGUUAUCUCUGAAAUAUUCCCAUCCAAAACAUAAACAUAAGAAAUCGCAGAUGAGAUGUUUUUGAUUUUUUUUAUUUUUUUUUUAAAGUUCAUAAAUUUACUGACGACUCACUCCAAUACGUAACGGAUGCUGAACUCGUGAAGAUCGGGAUAACCGAAAUGGGACCCAGACUCGUCAUUUUGUCAAACGUGGCGAAGAAAAAAUGUACAUCACCAAAUGCAUCGGAUAGUACACCAUUGGCCGAAAUAAGUCAAAAUCAAUUGGACAUCCGGAUGACUCAGUCAAGCCCUACCCAAACGAAGCGCAUACGGACGGUAGAAGUGGACCUUCGUCAACUCGCAGUGAACACGAGCCGCAAUCUGUCCGCCAAACUUUAGAGGAAGCAGCAAAAUUUCGCAAAACGUUGUAUUCGAAACUGGAUGCCGGUGUUGUACCUAAUCACAGGGAGCUGCUGCACAUGGUACGAAUUCUUUGUGCCGGAAUGGUCAAUGAUUUGAUGAAAAAUCAAAAAUAUCCUACCUUUGAUCAAAAGAUGACGCUAGCCCAGAAAAUCAUCGAAACGUUUCCUAUUCUAAAGGUUACCAAGCUUUCAGAUGAAAGUCCAGAUUAUUCAUUUUUCUUCUGGCAGAAUGGAGGCCGAGGACCAAACAACGAACACACCGGGUUAAUUCAUAAUCACAUCCGUAAUGAGUGCAAAAAUAUGUCACCAAGCAAGAAAAAGUAUAAGCGUACACCCAAAAGGCAACAAGUGACAACAGUAUCAUCUGAAAUAAUCGAAAUGGCCCAGAGAUGUGCGCAACUGGAACCGACUUCCAUCAAUUUCAACAGUAUUUCGAGAUCGAUGGCAGAUACCCAUGACCUCCUUUUGAUGAUGGUGGAUGCCAAUAAACCGGUGAACGAAAUUCUAAAUGUGCUUCCUCAUCUGAAAUCGUACAAUGGAAUUAUGAUUCAAAAAGCGUAUGAGCGUCUGAUGCCUACCUACAAUAAGGAAUCCAACUUGAAACAGUUAUUCGCCAGAGGACUACUCAAUGAAAGUGGCAGCUUUUCAUCCUUCCAAGACGCACAUGUUCGAGGAUGUUUACGCAUUUUGCUGCGGCUUACCAGAAGAGGAGUGCGAAAAACUCUUCAAUCGAUCGAUCCGGAUUCUGUUGACAUCGAGGCUGAAUUGGCUGCUCCAGUUAUACAACUCAUUGAGAACACUGAGGCAUCAUUACAGCAGCAAUUGAUGAAGUAUGUAGCUACCAAUGUUCAUACAGACAAAGAGGUAGCCCCUCAUUUGAUUUUCAACGGUAAUAUGUACCUGAUGUAUAUCCAGACCCAAGUCAUCAUCUGCGGCACAGAUUCCAUCAACGCUCUGGACACUUUGUUUAAGUCUUUUACGGUCUUCAGACUGCCGCCACCUGCUACGCUGCAAAAGAUUCUUGAUUUCAUUGAAAUCAUGUGCUAUCAGACUAAAAGGAACAGUUCCAGGCAAACAGUAAACAAUUUGGCCAAAUCUUUCCGAGAUUCGCUAGACGCCGAAGCCAGUGAUUCAGAUUAGGUGUUGCCAAAGUUCUUUGCUUUCGGUUCGUAUUUUGAUUGAUUCAAUUUGAUUCAAUUACUUAAAUGUUCCAUACUCAAUUGACAUAAAAUGCAAAAUCGAU